CUUCAGGAGUUUAUUGUAAAAGAAUUUCAUAUAGAUUACAUGGAAAAAGGCAAUCAUUCAGUAGUGACCGAGUUCAUCCUUUUGGGGCUCACUGAUAAUCCAGAGCUUCAGGUGAUUGUUUUUGGUGUAUUCCUACUGAUUUACUUAGUUUCUGUGGUAGGGAAUCUAGGUUUGAUUGUGCUAAUCCAGAUCACUCCUCAGCUUCACACUCCUAUGUAUUUUUUCCUCAGCCAUCUGGCUUUUGUUGAUUUUUAUGGUACUUCUACUAUCACCCCAAAUACUCUUGUGAACUGCUUACGUGAAAUUAAAAGCAUGUCAUUUUAUGCAUGUGCCACUCAAGUAUGUUGCUUUAUCACGUUUUCAGUUUGGGAAUUAUUAAUGCUUUCUGUUAUGGCAUAUGAUCGGUUUGUUGCCAUCUGUAAUCCUUUACUCUAUGUAGUUCUCAUGCCCAGGAAACUCUGCAUUCAAAUGAUCGCUAGUUCAUAUAUUUAUGGGUUCAUUGUGGGACUCGUACAAGCAGUGGCUACAUUCCACAUGUCUUUCUGUGACUCUAACGUGGUCAACCAGUUCUACUGUGAUGAUGUUCCCUUGAUUGCUCUGGCUUGUUCCGAUACCCAUGUCAAAGAGCUAAUGUUGUUAAUCAUUGCUGGGUUCAAUGUUUUUUGUUCUCUUAUCAUUGUUCUAAUGUCCUAUGUAUUCAUUGUUUUUGCCAUCCUAAGGAUCCAGUCUGCUGUAGGAAGACAGAAAGCCUUUUCUACCUGUGCGUCUCAUGUGUUUUCUAUCUCUCUAUAUUAUGGGACCCUCAGUUUUAUGUACUUACAACCCAAAUCAAGCCAUUCCCUAGAUAAAGAUAAAUUUGCAUCAGUAUUCUACGCAGUGGUGAUCCCCAUGCUAAACCCAUUGAUCUACAGCUUGAGGAAUCAGGAGGUAAAGAAUGCUAUGAAAAAAGUUAUUGACAAAAAUCAUCAUUAUAUUUUUAUUCAGAAGUUUUUAAAAAAGUGA